AUGGCACUGCAAGAUCUGCAGAGGUGCCAAGAUAAUGACAGCCCAUAUUCAAAUGGUCACAAGGUUCCGAGUAAAACCACAAACCACACUAGACAUGCUUCAUCUGGGCAACAUAUCAACGCCCUGAAAUCCUCGACACUUUCGGCGCAAAAACCUAUGCAAACAUUGCUUGCCAAAAAGUUGAACAAAGACGACGUGUAUGCUACCAAUCUUCUGAAGACUGCGUACCACAUUGCGAAAAGAGAACGACCCAAAGAAGAAAUGAAACAUAUGCUAUCGUAUGCUACAAACAUUGGAUUGAGUGUAUCAAAAGAGUCUUCGCCCUCCUACACUCACCACCAGAGCGUCACAGAAUUUCAAAAUGCCCUGUCCAGCGUCACAGAACUUCAAAAUGCCCUGUCCAGUGUCAUUCUUGAGGACAAGAUCAGUCAGAUUAAGAAGUCAACAGUGUUUUCCUUAACGCUUGAUGAAAGCACAGAUAGGGGUAACUUGAAAAGAAUGAUAAUGUAUGCACAGUUUUGUACAGAGGCAGGAUUGGAAUAUGCUCUUCUGUCAAAUAAACAGAUAGAGGAAGGGUCAGCCUGUGCCAGGAACAUUGUUGAGAUGGUUGUUAGUGAGUUAAAAUCAAAAGCCUUGGACAUUCGUAACAUGGUUGGAAUUGGGACUGAUGGUGCCAGUGUUAUGACAGGACGGAAAGGGGGUGUUGUUACGUUGUUGAAGGAAGAGAGCCUAGCUUUGGUAGGAGUACUUUGUGCUGCCCAUCGCGUGUCUCUUGCUACUUCUCAGGCAGCAAAACUUGUUCCUGAGAUGGAGAAGAACUCUAGGACAAUUACUAGUGUUUUCAGAUACUUUGAUAACUCUGCACUCAGGUCUAACAGAUUACGUGCUGUGCAAAAGCUUCUGAACAUGCCUCAGUUGAAAUUCUCUGAGGUCCACUCCAUGCGCUGGUUAAGCUUGGAACAUGCUGUGAGUGUUAUGUAUCGCACAUAUCCAGCAUUAGUGAUGACACUGGAAAGGGAGGCACACUUUGACGCAGGUGCUAAGGGGAUUCUCAUGGAAGUGAACCAGUAUAAGUUCAUUGCGCUAACCCAUCUUAUGAUGGACAUUCUCCCCUUUGUCACCAGACUUUCCAAAAACUUCCAGAAUGAAACUGUCAACUUCAGCCAAGUGAUUCCAGUUGUGAACUGUGUUAUUGAUAGUGUGGAAGAUCUGCUCGAGGUUCAAGGGGUCUUCAUGGACAAACUAGACAAGUUCGUCUGUGAGGAUGGUGAAAAGGUGUUGUAUAAGAGACCGUUGGGUGAGUCGGACUGUUCGGCAGUAGUGGCGGCAAUCACUGAGAAUUAUGCCUUCAGUGGUUUUGAAGAGGAGACGGAGUCUGACAACGAGGAUGAGGAGAAAGAUCUUGUUGGUUUCUCACCAGAGCUACGCUUCUUCACACAGCAAAAACAGACUGUGACUGAUAAAAUCGCGCCCGAGUACAUUAGAAAACUGGCAGAAAAUCUCAGAGAUCGCUUUCAGUGUAAUGAUCUACUCAAGUGUAUGGAUGUUCUCUGUCCAAGCCAAAUUUCUGUGGCUACUGAUCUGCCAAAGUAUGGAAUUGAACAAGUAGAAACUCUAAGUCAGCACUUCAGUGAAUUUCUCUUGAAUCGCGAUAGUGUAAAAAGUGAGUUUGCGAUGUAUAAGCGCUUUGUUAAGGGGAAUCACCCAUCAGCUACCGUUGUGGAAAUAUUGUGUACACUCUUGAAAUCUCCAGAACACUUGGGUAUGCCAAAUAUGGUGGUACUACUCAAAUGCUGUGUGGUCAUUCCAAUGACCAGUGUGAAAUGUGAACGUGGGUUUAGUACCCAAAAUCGAAUCAAAUCCAAGUUCAGGACUUCCCUUAAAUGUGGAGCACUUGAUGAUUUGAUGAGAAUUGUCGAGGAUGGUCCGGAACCAGAGAAAAUGGACUAUGAACGAGCUCUCACUCUCUGGAAAGAAGCUAAGCUCAGACAACUGUACAAAAGUUAA